CCGACCUUGGCACAGGCUGCAUCAACUGAUCGCGUCGCCGAAAAAGUCGCAGCGCACCUCCAUCCGCGCAAUGAGCCUCCGAACCCCGCUGAACCGAUCAAUUGCACGCCAGGAUGCAAGCACCGUGUGCUUACGAUGUUGGCGAAAGCUUUCGCAGAGCCCAAUGCGCUCGCGGCGACCCUUCUCGACCAUGCCCUCGAACAGACAAGGUGCGGUAGCUAUAGGGAAGAGCAGGAGCCCGUUCAGCAACGACUACUUUUGGGCGAACCCCAUGCUUAAGGAGAGAUUUGGUGCCUCGACAGUAGGGACGCGGCGGGAACUGCAGAGCGCCAUUGCGGGAGUGCGGACAGGCGCUGCAAGCUCGAGCUCAGCCGAGGCUCAGCAGAGUAUGGCAUCACAACCACCAGUGGAAGACGUGCUGCCUCAUCGGCGGAGAAAGAAAGCACGGGAACUAGCGGCUGCCGCUGAAAAUGCAGAAGGGGACUAUCCGAUCGCGCCAGAUGCGUCGUCCAAGCUGGCGACCAUCUCAUCGAGCCUCCCCCAGAGGUCCCUCCGACGAAUCCUUACCACCUACUUGUCCUUGUCGAAGCCGCGGCUUAGCUUUCUAGUAGUACUCACGGCGACCGCCGCAUACUCGCUCUAUCCUGUUCCCGGCCUGCUCGCCCCCGCCGCAACCGCUACCCCCUCUCUCUCUACGCUCACCCUUCUAUUCCUCACCACGGGCACCGCGCUGUGCUCUUCCUCCGCAAAUGCCCUCAAUAUGCUCAUGGAGCCCAAUCAUGAUGCCAAAAUGAGUCGGACACGCAAUCGACCGCUCGUCCGAAAGUUGAUCAGCCCACGAGGCGCCCUGAUAUUCGCCAUUGUAUGUGGAGCAGUGGGCACAGGCGCAUUAUACUAUGGCGUUAACCCUACAACGGCGUUCCUGGGCGCUUCCAACAUCGUUCUCUACGCCGGCGUUUACACACCGUUGAAGCGGAUGUCGGUGCUCAACACAUGGAUUGGAGCAAUAGUAGGCGGUAUCCCUCCGUUAAUGGGCUGGACGGCAGCGGCGGGACAAUGUGCACACGAGGGGACAUGGCAAGAGCUGGUGUUCGGUGAGGGCACUGCUGGUGGGUGGCUGUGUGCGGCGCUGCUGUUCGCCUGGCAGUUUCCGCACUUCAACUCGUUGAGCUGGUCGAUCCGCGAAGAGUACAAGAACGCCGGAUACCGCAUGUUAGCGUGGGUGAAUCCCGCGCAAAACGGCCGAGUAGCGCUUCGCUACGCGCUCCUUAUGUUUCCUGUCUGUAUCGGGUUAUCGUACUGCGGGGUUACCGAUUGGAGCUUCGUGGCUACAAGCAGCGCCAUUAACGGGUGGAUGGCGUGGCGAGCAUAUCAGUUCUGGCGCGCGCAGGGCCAGAAAGGGUCCGCCAGGGGUCUUUUCUGGGCGAGUGUGUGGCACUUGCCGAUCGUCAUGGUCUUGGCCAUGGCACAGAAGAAGGGCUUGGGCGAGCGGGUUUGGAGAAGCAUAUUCGGAUACCCUGCGGAUUACGACGACGACUUGUACUAUGAGGUUGGCGAGCUCGAGGAGGAAGAAAAGAAGUAUCGGACAUUGGACGAUCGGAAGGGUUCGGCAUGACAACACGGUGUGGCAUUCAUGUAUCCAUACAGGCACCUGUCUGAAUAUCGGCUGUACUAUAUGUCAUCAACACGAAUCU